CACAUCCCUCGUUUAUCCAUUUCUGCUCACCACUUUUUCCUCUCUCUCCAUUUUCGUCUUCCUCUUCUCCUUCGAGUCCUCUUUCUCUCUCCUAGGGUUAGGGUUUCUGCGCAUUUUUUUCAUUCUCUUCCAAAAUUUCGGAGAUGGCGACAGAGGUUAAGAACGGAGCUGAGAAGAACGGUGCUGCUGCAACAACUGUUGCUUUCUCGGCGUUCAAGCUACAACUUCAGGUUCUAGCUCCUAAGGCUGCUGAUGCUGUUCAGUUCUACAAGUCUGCCUUCGGCGCUGAGGAAGUCAGCCGUGACAUGCACCCUAAGAGGAAGGCUGAGCAGGAUUCUCCUCUCGUUCUUUCUGUUGAUCUCAAGGUUGGAGGCUUCGUCUUCUCGGUCGCUGACCUUACUGGUGACUCUGAGGUGAAAAAUGAAGGAGCUGCUGGCGUUGUGUUCUGCUUGGAGACCGAUAACCUGGAUGGUGCCCUUGCUGCUGCAGUCUCUGCUGGGGCCGUGGCCGAAGGUGAAGUGACAGAGGACGAAGUUGCCGGGCGCGUGGGCAAGCUCAAGGAUCCCUUUGGCUACACUUGGGUCAUCUCUUCCCCUGCUGCUAAGAAGCCUGCUGACGUCGCUGCCUAAAUCACCGUCUGAUCUUGAUAACUUCUGACAUUAGGUCUAUUGAAUUCUGGAAGUACUUGUUAUUAGUCGCAGUAGUUAAUUAGCAGUAAGUAAGAAGAAGAAAAAAAGCAGUAGAUGAAUGAACAGUUUUAACGGUGGUGGGUGUUCAUAGCUUAAUGCUUACGACUCUCUGGUUGUCCUAAAAUUCAUUUUGAAUUUUGAAUGACUUUUUGAUGGAGAAAAUACUUUUGUAUCAACCGGCAGUUGGCGGUCUCUCUUUGGCCGUGAUUUUAAUGGAGUAGUAAUGUUUACCGGUUA